CAGUCUGGGCUCGGGGGGGCUCGGCUUCUUGAUCGCCCAGUGGCGGAGUGCGGUCCGCUGAGCGCCUCAGCUCUCGGCAUAAAGCGUGCGCGGCCGGGGGGGUGUUUGCUGGAUUGCUUUGGUUUUUUGUUUACAGAAAAAAAAAAAAAAAAAAAAGAAAAAAAAAGAAAAAAAAGAAGUAAAGGAGAUUUCCCGGUUUGGGCGGGAAUGGAUGAGAAGAUACGAUCCGGCUCCCUCAGCAAUGCCUGCGGCCUCUGUGCUGCUUUAACCGCGGCCAGUCCUGAGGAGCGGCGUUUCCCUGCCAGGCCUCCUCCUCCGCUCGCUCGCUGCUGUUAAACCAGGGUUAUUUUGGGCGAGAGCAGCUGUGCCGGCUGAGGUGCCAGGCACAGGAGGAGGCACAGGCGGCACUCCCACCCUUGACCGCGAUUGCCUGGCCACCGGCAGCCUCUCCCGGGCAGGGAUGGGCUUCUCCCGGGAAAGGCGAGCGCGGCCCCUGCGCUCCCCACCCCUCCGCUCUGGCCCUCAGUCCGGUCCAUACAGCGUCCUGCUGCCACCAGGUUAAUUUGAUGUUCACGCGUUGUUUUUCCAGCUGGAAAAGGCAAUGAAAAUCACCAUUUGUGUGCUUUUGUCAUGAUUUUGGUGCAGUUUCCAAGAUCUAUCACACCCACCGCCUCCAUGGCAUCUCUGCUGACUCAGGGCCUCUGCAGAAGAUACUCAGUGCCUCGGAUCAUCCCUCUUGGUUCCCUCUCAGCAUUUGAUAGUUUGUAGUCCAUUUUCUUUUUGCUUCCCCGUAACUGCAAUUCUUGAAUAUUAAAGGCAAACAAUGCUCCUGGCCACCAGAAUCCAUCAGCUUAUGGAGCUGUUUCCAGGCAGACUGAGCCUGGGUGGAUGAUGAAGAUGUGCUGAGAGAUGACAGACCAUAGGCUCCAAAGUAUAUUCAUCCAUGUGUUUGCUGCUUAUCCCACUGACCAGCACAGCUUUAUGCUUUAUUUCUUCUAUUUUAAAUAUAAGGCUCACAGGACUCAGGGACUGUCUUUCCCUCCUGUGUUUGUGCAGCAGCAGAACUGAGAGACCAUGGAGCUAUAAUCCUGCUGCUCCUAUAAAUAUUAGUAGCCACUUUUCUUCCCCAAAAGAGGUUGGCAGUAGGUGGCUCAAGGUUUUGUACUCUGCUUUGGGUUAUUUAACAUAUUUAUUAACCUGUGUAUGGAGCGAGUCGCUAUUUGCAGAUGGCAUGUUAUUUAUUUAAAUGAUUAAUUAUUUACAUGUUAUUUAGGUUGACUCCGGUCCAAAGAGGACUUUGAAGAGCUUCAGAGAAACCAGAGCCAAACUGAUGAAAGCGGUGGGCUGUAAUCGAAGUACAAGAUGGCAAAAACCAGCCAUAGCAACUAUGUCCUUCAGCAGCUAAACAAGCAAAGAGAGUGGGGCUUUCUGUGCGACUGCUGCAUCGCUAUCGAUGAUAUUUAUUUUCAAGCACAUAAAGCAGUCCUUGCUGCCUGCAGCGCCUAUUUUAGGAUGUUUUUUAUGAACCAUCAAAACACUACAGCCCAGCUGAAUCUAAGCAACAUGAAGAUUAGCGCUGAAUGCUUUGAUCUUAUUUUACAGUUCAUGUAUUUAGGAAAAAUUAUGACAGCCCCUGCCAAUUUCGAGCAAUUUAAAGUGGCCAUGAACUAUUUACAGCUAUAUAAUGUACCUGAGUGUCUAGAAGAUAUACAGGACACAGACUCAAAUAGUUUAAAGUGUUCAUCUCCUGCUUCUAGCACGCAGACUAAUAAAAUGAUAUUUGGUGUGAGAAUGUAUGAAGACGCACUUGCUAGAAAUGGCAGCGAAGCAAACAGGUGGGGCAUGGAGCCACCAAGUUCAACGGUAAAUACAUCCCAUAACAAAGAGCCUGAGGAAGAACCUUUGCACCUCAACAGCUUCCCCGAGCAACUGUUUGAUGUCUGCAAAAAAACCACCACGUCCAAAUUCUCUCACACGAAAGAGCGCGUGUCGCACUCGCGCCGGUUUGGAAGGAGCUUCACCUGCGACAGCUGCGGGUUUAGUUUUAGCUGUGAAAAGCUACUGGAUGAGCACGUGUUAACAUGCACCAACAGGCAUUCCUACCAAAGUGCUAGGUACUACAGUGCUGAGAAAAUAGACUUUAGUGAAAAGAACUCUACUUCUAAAAUGAUCUCCACACAAACAGAAAAGUACAAGGGGGACUCGAACCAUGCUGCGGACGAUUCGUCGUCUCCCGUGUCAAACAUCACGAGCAGAAAAAGCAGCACUGUUGCCUCUGAGACAUCAGGUGAAGAAGGAAGUAGAGCCUCUGAGAGGAAGAGGAUUAUCAUCAAGGUGGAGCCAGAGGACAAUCCUACGGAUGAGCUGAAGGAUUUUAAUAUUAUCAAGGUGGCAGAUAAAGACUGCAAUGAGUCUUCUGACAAUGACGACCUAGAUGAUGAACAGGAAGAGCCGCUUUACAGAUACUACGUUGAGGAAGAGAUGAGAGAGAAGAGAAAUGCUCGUAAGACUCUAAAGCCUCGUUUAUCCAUGGAUGAGGAUGAAAGAAAGUGUUUGAAAAGUCCACGGCACCUUAACAGCAAAGCUUCUUCAGUGCAGGAAGAUGUGGAGAAUGCUCCAUGUGAACUUUGUGGGCUAACAAUCACUGAGGAAGAUCUGUCCUCUCAUUAUUUAUCCAAACACAUAGAAAAUAUAUGUGCUUGUGGCAAGUGUGGUCAAAUACUGGUCAAAGGCAAGCAGCUACAGGAUCAUGCACAGACCUGUGGAGAACCCCAGGAUCUGACCAUGAACGGGAUCAGAAAUUCUGAGGAGAAAAUGGACUUGGAAGAAAACCCCGAGGAGCAGUCAGAAAUAAGGGACAUGAUGUUUGCAGAGAUGCUAGAGGACUUCAGGGACAGUCACUUCCAAAUGAACAGCCUUCAGAAAAACCAGUUAUACAAGCAUUCUGCCUGUCCUUUCCGAUGCCCUAAUUGCGGCCAGCGUUUUGAUACUGAAAACCUAGUGGUUGAACAUAUGUCAAACUGCCUGGAGCAAGAUCUGUUCAAGAACUCCAUGUUGGAAGAGAACGAGAGGGAUCACAGGCGUAAGCAUUUCUGCAACCUUUGCGGGAAAGGAUUUUAUCAGCGUUGCCACUUGCGGGAACACUAUACCGUUCAUACCAAGGAAAAACAGUUUGUUUGUCAGACAUGUGGGAAGCAGUUCUUAAGAGAGCGCCAGUUGCGGCUCCACAAUGAUAUGCACAAAGGCAUGGCCAGGUAUGUCUGUUCCAUUUGUGAUCAAGGAAACUUCCGAAAACAUGACCAUGUACGGCAUAUGAUAUCUCACUUAUCAGCUGGAGAGACUAUAUGCCAGGUCUGCUUUCAGAUAUUCCCAAAUAAUGAGCAACUGGAGCAGCACAGGGAUGUUCAUCUGUAUACAUGUGGAGUAUGUGGAGCAAAAUUUAAUUUGAGGAAAGAUAUGAGAUCUCACUAUAAUGCCAAGCAUUUGAAAAGAACAUAAGCAUAAACAUACUGUUAAAGCAUUAAGUUGGCAGCAGAGAGAACACCAAAGCAAAGCAUAAGUAUAGUAAAAAAAUUUGAAAAGGAAAAAAAAAUUGAAAAUAAGUCUCUUUUUUAUUAUUUUUUUAAGACCCUCCUAACCAUAGGUGUCUGUUUAGGCUCAUUAAGUAUAAAGCUUUGAAAAGCAUCAUGUGUUUAAUUAUUACAUUUUCACUGUUUCCUAAUACCAGUUUCUGUUCUUAAUUUUAUUGUUUUACUACGUAGAUAUACAAAUCAUUAUUUUUAAACUGUAGAUUAAAAGCACAAUGUUACCCCUUCACUGACUGCUAUUAAACAGUUCUCGGAUCCAUGUCCGUAAGAUGAGUGCUUUAAUAUUUCCAUGUGUUGUUUCUUCAUGUGAAAAUUUUAGAUUCCAGCGAUUAAUGUGCAAGAGCAUAAUUGUUCGUAAUCCCCAAAUUAAUUUUCAAAAUGAAAAAAAAAAAACCCAAACACAAACCAACAAUGCCAAGAAAUAAUCCUUUGGGCUCUGGCUCUGCUGCAGGGGCAGAGCUGGCUGUGCUGGUCCCCUGCUUCUUGGCUUUGUUGGAAGGUGCUUCCCAGGGGUGAGAGCACAUAGGCUCAGUUAACCCUCGCAGGCUCGGGCUGCUGUGCACAAGGGGGAAGGGAAUUAAUGACUUGGGAUAACCGAGGGGUUCCAGCAUUUUCCAGCAUUUUCCAGACGGGAAGUCCUAGCAGAGCUGUUCUGCUGAUGUUGGCCUUUCUUUCACUGUCUGUACCUCUGUGGGUAUGUUUAAGCUGCUUAUCCUAACGUACAAAGAAGGAGUGGCUGUGGUGGGUUGCUAGGAAUGCAGUAUGGCCGUGUGCACUGAACACUGCAUUUUCAGCCUAGCUGUGAACUGUGUCUUGCUGCUUGUGUUGGAAAGUUAAAAGCAGGGUGAGUGUGGAGAUAGUCCCAUUGCUUGGGACCUUGAGGUUUUUUUUGCUUCUUGUUUUCAUGAUACUUUAUCUAUGUUCUGUUUUUCAACAUGAAUAUAACCAGACUGCAAAGUUUGCUUAAUAAAUGUAAAGAUAUUUUAUGCCUUUUAAGAUUUCUUUCUGAUUCUAGCAGAGCCCUAAUCUGUGCAGCUUGUCUCUUAAUUUAAUUGAAUUUAAAAAUCCUACUAAGUACCAGCUGACACCAAUUCAGUGAGGCACUUUGGCCUUUGAGAGAGCAACUGGCUUUGACUCUUAGGCACCAGCUGUCUAAAUGUUUGUUAAGUGUGAUUUGUGAUGGGGUGGAAGAAAGGAUCCUAAUACAUAAUUUUGGAGAAAAGGAUCCUGAUACGUAAUUGUGGAGAAAACAAUUAAAAAAUAAAACCUAGUUGCACUUUCUCCCAGCAGAUCUCACUUUAUCAAAGAGGGCAGUAAUACUAUUUUCCACUGAGCUACGGAGGGAGGAAAGUAAUUUAGAUCAGCAAUUAAGGCAGCUGGAUUAGAUGAUCAUUGCAGGUCCCUUCCAGCUGAAAUGUUCUAUCACCUCAUGUGCCAGUGGUGGGGUUGAGAAUAGGAGCCAAGAGUUGACAGUCUAGUCCAGGGAUUUCAUCUGCUUGUUUCUGUCAGAGUUGAGUUUCAUUCCUAGUUUCUUGGGGAUGAUGAAGACUAUCGAGUUUUAAUUUCAGACUAUUCAGAGGAGUGAAUAUACAAUUUAGAAUCUGCAACUAUUAAACGUAGUGUGAGUUGCCUUGCAUUUAUUCAGUUUCAAAUGUGCAUUAGGAUUUCUCUUGGUUGGCAGACGUGUGCAUUUCUGCAGUGAUGGAGAAGGCUCCCCCACCAGCCCUUGGUCCUGAGCCAGCAGCUGCUCUGAGGCACCAGCUGCUUUGGGCACAGUUUAGUGGGCUUUUAGUGUUUUGCUUUAGCUGCUCAGUCCUUUGUUUUCUUGUACGAUGCUGAAGUCAACUGAGUCCUCAACAGCACUGGAGCCAAAAGAGCACAGGCGUGAAUACAUGAAUACUCCAGCACUCCAGAGCUGGGGGCUUCAUACGCUGCACACAGUGAUUCUCUGACAUGCAGGUUAUCCCUCACAGUUUCAGCUGGAUUGGGAAAAGCAGUCAAGGGAAGUGAAGGAGAACUGGAGUGCACUGGGGGAGCUGGCAGGAGGGUCUCGUGCCACUGGAGGAGUGGGAAGACAGAAUGGGAGAAGAGAUCCUGAGUGGGAGGGAGUGGCAAAGGCAGGCAGGCAGGGUUAGAGCGGUGCAGUGGGAAGCAAACCCCAAAGGUGGCACGGAGGGGUGGCUGGAGGAGUGGAUGAAAUGUGCCGGCUGUGAGACCAAGGAUGACUCAGCUUGGCUGGGGAGCUGUGGGCCUGAGCCAUGAGCUCACCAAGGCCGGGUGCGUACCAAGCACGGCCGGCCCCGCUGCGCUGCGGGGACACAGCACAGCCCCGAUUAAAGACCUGGCUGAAAGGCAGGAGGUGACCUCUGCCAUGUAAGGGAUCACUCCUGAAUUCGGUGAAGGGCUGAGGCUGAUUUAUAGAGCCUCCUGCUCAGGAUCAGGAGCCCUUGUUUACAGCCUAUUGGUCUGAACUUGACCCAAGAAUUUUUCUUAAAAAAAUGUGACUUCCUAGUGCAAGUAGACCUGUCAGCUGCAGAAGUUAAAUGGAGAAACUGGGAAUGAUGGUAUUUAUGUGUACUAUCUAACUUUAUAAACACCCUGAAUACCUCUGUUUUUCAAUUAUAAGCUGUGUUGUUGUAGUAGCCUUUCAAAGUAAAGUUUGUUAAACCUUUCCAACUGAACUUGAAUUGAUGUUUUUUCCUGUUCUAGGGAAACAAAACCCAGUGCCUUGGAGUUCACAUAUAUGAAAGUCCAUGUUAAGGCUCACAAAGUGCAUGAAUUGCACUGCAGGGAAGCUUAAAAGUGGAUCUAUGUACAUGUAGGCAGAAAAAACCCAGAAUGACUGAAGUAGCCUGAGAAGUGAUCAAGGGGAGUAUAGGAGAAUGUAAACAAGUCAGCCAGGCUUGCAAGUAGAUGGGUAUUUAAAUAGAUGAGUAUUUGAGAUGACAUGUAAAAGCGUGCAGGGGAACAGUAUGGGACUGUUAGAGAAAAGGCCGGGAGUGACAGGAGGAAUUUGGCUGCUGUGAAAGGGGAGAAGGUCUGGGUGCUGAGGCAGCCUGGGGCUGGCCACUCCUGAAUGUUCUCCCCAGAAUGGGACAACAUCUGCAGGAGAGUGAAAUGAUGGUGUUUCAGUGCUCCUACCAUAUAAAAAUGAUUUAAUGUGGAGACGGAACAGACAUGAAAAAAAAAAAUCAACAGCAGUUAUCCUAGAAGUUUUGCUGUUACUUGAAAGAUCAUGAAGGGGAAGCAAAAAUACUUUAUUUAAGAGUUCUUUUCCUCUAAUUUGUGCUUUUCUGUUGCCAUAACAUUGUUCCUUUCCAUCUCCUUAGUGAAUACUAGCAUGUGAAAACACUUAAGGAUCUUUAAAACUGGAGGUGUAAGCAAUUGCACAAGGCGUAGCCAGAAAGAAAAAGAUUUGCUGGAUGCCAUAAGUUAUAUUUUUAAGUGAUUUGCUGUUCUUAUUUUUGGAGGACCUCUCUGUGUUCUCUUGUUUUUCCCAUUUUGGCAGUGCUAUGGGCUGCAAUCCUGAGAAUUUAUAAGUGGCCAGCCUAGCUCUUAGCUUUCAAGAUUUACUGAAAGUUAAAAAGAGGGAAUUCAUGAAGACCCGGUGUGAGCUUUAAAAUAUCACAAAAGCUAUUGAGCUUCUUAUUCAGUUUCAGAGGAGAUGUUUAAAAUGUUGAUAUAUAUAUAUACUUGUAAAUGUUUCCUUCUGACUUGUUAGUUCAAAGAGUAUUUACAUUUGUGUAUAAUGAUAUUUGUAGCCAACAGGUCUGUGGAGAAAUCUUGAUUUCAAUAAAUAGAGUAUCAUGGAAUUCUAAGAAUUUAUGCUUUAAUUAGGGGAUUUCUCUAUGUAAUACUUUCAGUUGGUAUAAAACAUAUAAUUCAGCGAAUUUUUUAUUCAAAGCUGUAGACAGAAAAUAUAUUGCCCUGGAGAAUGUAUUAAAAAUACAUUGUUAUAAAAGUGAACAGUUUGACUACACGAUUGUAUUUGAAUACUCUAGUGCUAAACCAUCAGGAGUCUCGGAGCUAUUGGUGAGGACAUGAAUUUGCUCCUGGAGGCUGUGCCACCUUGAGCCCUGGCAGCCCUUUACUUCUCCCCAUUAGUUUCAGCUCUCCUCUCCCCUGUGUGCCACCCUCUCCAUUGUCAAAGAGCACAUACCUAUGGAGCUGCACAAUGCACUGAAUCAAACAGCAGGCUUUUUUCUAUUCCCUGUGGGGCUGGUUUUUGGCUGGAUCAGUUCCCUGCUGCGCUUCCCUCUCCAUCUCUGUGUCAGAUCUUGUGCAAGCACAAUAGAAGGGGUGGCACGAGAGGAGGAGUGAGUGCUGGGAGGGGGCUCCUUUGCUUCAGCGAGCUGUACCAGAACCCAGAGCAUGUCCCAAAUUUAACUUGGUCUCUGUCUCCCCCAAGCAUCCUCAGGGAAGCUGAACUCUUACAGUCAUCUCCUAUUUCCUGAUAAGGAAAAAGGCAGUCCAACCUCUUACGAAUGAGACACAUCUCUGCUAUCUGCCCUCUUCGUGAGAACUGGAAACCUUCCUGCAUUCAGCUCAUCCCACAAAUAUGCUCUGGAGCUUUCUUAGUGUUUCUUGAAGCAGACUGGGUAGUGCUCUGCACCACUGGGUUUGUGUGGUUGGCCUGGCCCGAGGCCAGGAAUGAGCUGGGCCCCUUGUCUGGCCAAACACCAGGAAUGGCUCCCACCUUCCUGUGGCCUUCCUGCCCUCCAGCUGUGGGCCCAGAUGCAGCUGUGGAGCUCCUGUGCCCCUCACUGCAUUUCUCAGUAAAGGGAGACAGUCAUCUCAUAUUGGUCUAAUGCUGAAAGCUCAGGGUAAUUCCAUGUGUAAGUGAAGCUGAUGCUGGCAGUAUCUGUUACUAUCCCUGUGUGCUUCUGAGUUUUAAGGGCUUCUCAAUCUCAGAGGGUUAAAAAUCAAAUCUUCUGACUUCCCUAAUUCUCAGCUGGUUUGAUGCUUGCCGCAGAUUUAAAGACCUACAAGAUGAAGCAUGACUAAUUUGACUUUAUAAAGUCUGCUGAAGGCUAGAAAUUAGGAACAUGUUUUCAAAGGCUGACAUUUCUGUAGUCCUCAGCUAUAAACCACUUUUCUGUAUUUUCUUCCAACUUCAAAAAAACCUCCUAAAAUAUUGCUCUGCGGUGUAUUCUUGAGACGUGUGAGUAGGCUGAGAUUUUGUAGGGGAAAGAUGCCAGAAAUCAGGACACAUUUUAUAAAUCAAGUGUCUUUUGCUACUUUUACAGUCACUUCCACAAUUCUGGAAUUAAUUGUGAUUUUAUUUUUUUAAUGCAGAAAGACAAAUCUUAAUUUGUAACAGGGCAGUAGUGCUCAUGACUCAGGAAUCACUUCAUCAUGACUAUAAAUAUUCAGCCCUGAAACAAACAGCCCAUGUUCCUUUUCAUGUACUUGAAUGGCCAGUGCCAGCUUCAUAGGAGAAAAGCUAUCAGAUCUUUAUUUGGGUUAUUUUUACUCUCAAAUAUCUUGAAGGGUGGGGAUUUUUUUAUUAAUUUAAGACAUGAGAAAACAAUGUUGUUCAUUGUGCUUUUAGAGAAACGGUUUUCAGUAAUUCACGCAGAUUCCCUGAGCAAGAGUGGUUGGAAACACAUUUCUAAAGUUUCAUAUUAAUAUACUAAAGGGAACAUAACAGAACUGUGAGAUGAGAAAUCCUCAGAUGGGCCAAGGCCAGGCUUUGACUGUCUCUUUUGUGUGGCCAGUAUGGCACACCUCACCCCAGAAACCUUGAGGUUCAGACGUGGUCAGGAUCUUUGAUUCUUUUGCAAGAAAAUGAAAAGGUUUAAUCCUUUCCUGUGCCUCCUGGCAUACAAAAAAACAUAGUAAAUCUUCCUGCAGCUACAACCACAAAAACAAUGCUGCAUGUAGAAUUUCCGGUGGGAGGAAAAAAAAAAGAAAUGGUUCAAGAA